AUGUCAUCUUGUAUUGUGGAAUAUAAUGUGUCUAAUAUCACCAACUAUGUUCUGGCUACGUUAGGAGAAAGGUGUCAAUCGGUUGCCAUAGUCAUUCCAACGGUCAUCAUAUAUGGAACCAUUUUUCUAUUAGGAUUGUUCGGAAACAUCUGCACUUGCAUUGUAAUUGCAGCUAACAAGUCAAUGCACAAUCCGACUAACUACUAUCUAUUCAGUCUGGCCAUAUCUGAUAUUAUCGCAUUGAUACUAGGUCUGCCAAUGGAGUUUUACCAAUCCUUGGACUAUUCCUACCCCUAUAGAUUCAGUGAAUGGAUUUGUAAAGCCAGAGCUUUUCUGAUCGAAUUCACUUCUUAUGCGUCUAUUAUGAUUAUUUGCUGUUUUUCAUUUGAAAGAUGGCUGGCUAUUUGUUAUCCCUUGCAAACCAAAUUGUUUUCAACAUUAUGGCGGGCUAAUGUCCUCAUCGUUCUUGCAUGGAUCAUUUCGUUCAUUUGUGCUCUUCCCAUAGCAAUCAUCGUCCAGAUCAACAAACUACCAUUACCAGAGUUUGCAAGGAAUCAAUCUUGGUCUUAUGAGGUGUCUACCGAUGGAACGACAGUACUCCAUACUGAAUUUUGUGCAAUGGAUCAAGGUCGACCGGAUCAACAGAAAACAAUAAUUGUGUUUGCUUUCACUGUGUUUUUUAUUAUUCCGGCUAUUGCAAUAGUCAUCAUGUAUGCACAUAUUGCGAUUAAGCUAGAGUCCUCUGAAAUUGACAAGUCUUUGAAAGAAGAUAACAAAUCCAAGAAACGGCGGAUCAAAAACAACAGGACUGUUCUUAAAAUGUUGCUUUCUGUUGUGAUAACCUUCUUCAUAUGCUGGCUGCCAUUCCAUAUCCAAAGACUGCUAUCAGUCUACAUAAUGUGGUCUGAAAAUGAUACGAUUUCUCCAGCAGUUCAAUUUUUGUCAAUGAUAGUAUUUUACAUCUCUGGCUUUUGUUACUACUCUAAUUCUGCAGCAAAUCCCAUUCUCUAUAAUCUGCUCUCUCAAAAGUAUCGAAGUGCCUUCUGUCGGACUAUUUUGGGAGAGAAUCUCGGGAACUGGAUCUUCAAAGGGAGCCAGAAAGCUGGACAAGCUAAAAGAUGUUCUUCGUCCACUGAUGGUGAACAGAAGACUCUCAUGACACGCGCCAGCGUUCGAAUUGACUCCAGAAAUCAGAAUCCACAAAAACCGCUUCGAAAUUUAGAAAUUUCUAAUUACUGA